AAGGAGAUCGCCCUCGAUUUGAAACUGAGGAGAUAGAUAUCAUUUCGAAGCACAUCAUGUCUUAUCUUGCUACACCGUCACGAAAGUCGCGAGUACGGACGCUCACGAGCAAGCUCGCCCAUUCGGUCUUGAUCUACAUACUCUACAGGCAUGUCGUCUUGGCCAUGUAUAGACACAUGCGAGCAAGAGGAGUCGGAGGUUCUCUGCACGAGGUGUAUGACUAUGGUAGACAGCUCGUCGUCGGGCUCUUGCUCCGGCUACCUUCCUCCAAACUCAAGAUCUCCACCGAAUUGGGUCAAGCGAGGCGAGGAGUAGAGGACAAGCUCGUACCACACGUGUUACCCGCAGGAUCGGAAUAUCAUAACGCUCUGCCAAAGGAAGGCAAGACGCCCGAAUGGCUCAAGGAGGAGAUGCAUAGGCUACUUUCGAUGGAGAAGGGAGACGUCAAGGAAGGCCGUGUCAGUGGUGCUGUCUACCAUGGAGGGGCCGAUCUCAACAAGGUCAUCAUGGAUGCCACAUCGAGCUUCGUCGUUUCCAACCCAUUACAUCCAGACGUCUUUCCCGGUGUCCGCAAAAUGGAGGCGGAGAUCGUGAAGAUGUGUUUGACUCUCUUCGGAAACCCUAACGGAGCGGGUACCACGACUUCUGGCGGUACCGAAUCUAUCUUGAUGUCGGUCAAGACCCAUCGCGAUUGGGCGCGAAAGACGAAGGGGAUCACUAACCCAGAGAUAGUGGUUCCCGCUUCGGCACACGCUGCUUUCUGGAAGGCAGCCGACUACUUCAAGAUCAAGAUACACGUCAUCCCAGUAAACGAAAAGUCUAGGAAAGCGGAUGUCGCCAGGAUGCGUCGAGCCAUAAACCCCAACACUAUCAUGCUCGUCGGUUCCGCUCCCAACUUCCCCGAUGGCGCGGUCGACCCCAUCUUUGACCUCGGUCAGCUGGCCAAGAAGUACAAGAUCGGGCUCCACGUCGAUUGUUGUCUCGGAAGCUUCUUGAUGCCAUUCUUGAAGAGGCAGGAUAGAAAUUUGCCCAACUUUGAUUUCUCCGUUGACGGUGUUACUGCGAUCAGCUGUGACAUACACAAGUAUGGUUUCUGUCCGAAGGGAUCGUCGGUGAUCAUGUAUCGAGACCGCGAACUCCGAAAGUAUCAGUAUUACAUCCAACCUGACUGGUCUGGAGGUGUUUAUGCUUCGCCGUCGAUGGCAGGAUCCAGGCCCGGUUCAAUCAUCGCUGGAGCUUAUGCCGUGAUGAUGCACAUGGGAGAGGAUGGUUAUGCUCGAACGUGCGAGCAGAUUGUCGGUGCAGCUCGCAAGCUCAAGAAGGCGAUUCAGCAAGACUUCCAGGACGAUCUCUAUAUUUUGGGCGACCCUCUCGUUUCGGUCAUCGCAUUCAGCUCAAACACGCUGAACAUUUAUGUUGUUGGUGACCUGAUGAGCAAGCGCGGCUGGCAUUUGAACGCGUUGGCCAACCCUUCAGCUUUACAUCUGGCUGUAACUUUGCUAUCUGUGAGCGCCAUCGACAAGCUGCUGCAGGACCUGCGCGAGGUGAUCGACGAGGUCAAGAGCAACCCGCCAGACAAGGAUGGCGACCUCGUCGCGCUUUACGGUCUGGGUCAGACCAGUGUUGGCAAGCCGGUCGUGCCUUUGCUCGCAGAGAUGUUUAUCGACACGCUAUACAUGACAAGGUAGUUCUUUGCGAUAUGACUAGGUACUCACUCCGCGCGUGAACAGGAUAGGUAUUGCUGUACUUGUAAUGCAGGAUUCAUUCACUUACAAGUCGUCUGCUCCGCUCAAAUGCCUCCUUAUAACUACCGACUGAGGGUUCUGUACAAUUAGGCACCCCUUAAUGCAGCAUUCUUCUUCAAAUAUGAUGAUAGUCGAGAAGAGAUCGAGUACAAGA